CCAAGUAUAAUCUUUAAGUAAAAGAAAGGCUUUGAUAAUUUAUUUUUUAAAAGCAUCACUCAUGGAGGCAUCUGAAAUAGAGAUAAAAGAUUUACAUGCUCCUUCGAAUUUGAUGAUUGACUCAAUAACCCUAUGAGCCAUAUAAAGUAGAGAAAUAAUAACUUUAUCACCAUCAACAUUGCCUUUUGCAAAAUGAAAAUAGUUGCACCAUUCUUCACAAAGGGAUUGUUGAGAUUUUUAAUCAUGACUGUGUCUAAUAUAGAAUCUAGCAGCUUCAUCUAUAUGAGAUUAAGAUAGAUGAAUAUUAUUCAGAAGUUGACUAAGAGAAACAAUAUUGAUUUCAUUGAUCAUUUUGAAGUGGAAUAAUUUUAAUUAAGAAUAUUAAAAAAUUGA